AUGUCACAACAGCCACAACAACAAGCAGAGGAAAUAAAACCUUUGGAACCAACACCUUCUCAAAUCGCUGGUUUGGGAUCCAAUGGUACCACAACACCAUUCCAAGACGCUGAGUCUGAAUAUGAAGACAUUGCAAGAAUCGUCUCAAGAUCUCAUACAGACCCAGAUGGUGGUGUUUUAGCUAAAUUAGAAACUUUAUCCAAAAAAUUAUCAAAAAGAAGUAAUAGACAAGGUCCUUAUGAUAUAGAUCCUGAAGAUUUUGAUUUCCAAAGAGUUUUAUCCACUUUUUUAAGAUCCGCUGAUGAACAAGGUAUUCAUUUAAGAUCUACUGGUGUGGUUUUCAAAGAUGUUACAACUUUAGGUGUUGAUUCUGCUAGUUCUUAUGCUCCAACUGUUCAAGAUAUGUUAUUAAUGCCAGUAACCAUUUAUAAAGGUAUUAAAGCUGCUAAAUCAAGCAAAAAACGUAAAAUUAUUAGUAACAUUACAGGGGUUGUUAAACCUGGUGAAAUGUGUUUGGUUUUAGGUAGACCAGGUGCUGGUUGUUCAACUUUUUUGAAAACAGUUGCUGGUGAACAUGAUCAAUUUGUUGAUGUCUCUGGUGAUAUCCAUUAUGAUCAAAUUCCACAAGAUGAAAUGAUGAAGAAAUAUAAAUCUGAUGUUAUUUAUAAUGGUGAAUUGGAUACUCAUUUCCCUCAUUUAACUGUUGAUCAAACUUUGAGAUUUGCAAUUGCUUGUAAAACUCCACACACAAGAGUUAACAAUGCUACAAGAGAACAAUAUAUCACUGCUAAUAGAGAUCUUUUAGCCACAAUUUUCGGGUUAAGACAUACUUAUAACACCAAAGUUGGUAAUGAUUUCGUUAGAGGUGUUUCAGGUGGUGAAAGAAAGAGAGUUUCCAUUGCUGAAGCUUUAGCUACUAAAGCUACUGUCUAUUGUUGGGAUAAUGCUACUAGAGGUUUAGAUGCCUCAACUGCUUUAGAAUAUGCUCAAGCUAUUAGAACUUCAACAUCUUUAUCAAAGAAUGUUGCAUUCAUUACUUUAUACCAAGCUGGUGAAAAUAUUUAUGAAACUUUUGAUAAAGUUACCGUCUUAUAUGAUGGUCGUCAAGUUUAUUUUGGUACAACAGAAAAUGCCAAAGCUUUUUUCGAAAACAUGGGUUUCGAAGCACCUGCUAGACAAACAACAGCUGAAUUCCUUACUGCAGUUACAGAUCCUGCGGGUCGUUUCCCAAAACCAGGCUUUGAAUCAAGAGUUCCAAAAACUGUUGAUGAUUUUGAACGUUAUUGGCUAAACUCACCUGAAUAUAAAGCACUUGUUGAUGAGAUCAAAGAAUAUGAAUCUGUUACAAAUGCUGAUAAUACAAGAGACGUUUAUGAUAAGUCAUUCAAACAAGAAAAACCAAGAGUUCAUUAUCGUUAUACAUUAACUUAUCCUCAACAAUUGAAAUUAGUUGUUAAAAGAGGUUUUGAUAGAAUUUAUGGUGAUAAAGCAUAUACCAUUGUUACUUGUGUCGCUGCUACUAUUCAAGCUUUAGUUGUCGGUUCAUUGUAUUAUAAUACCCCAGACUCGACUAAUGGUGCAUUUUCAAGAGCUGGUACAUUAUUCUUUAUGAUUUUGUAUUAUUCUCUUAUGGCAUUGGCUGAAGUUGCUGGACAAUUUGCUGAACGUCCAAUCUUGUUAAAACAAAAAUCUUACUCAAUGUUUCAUCCAUCAACUGAGACUUUUGCUUCUGCUUUAACAAAGUUCCCAUUUAAGUUGUUAUCAUUGACUGUUUUCUAUCUUUUGAUUUACUUUUUAUCAAACAUGAAUCGUCAAGCUGGUAAAUUUUUCUUGAAUUAUUUGUUCUUAAUCCUUUCUGCUGAAGCUAUUGCCGCUUUAUUCCAAGCUGUUGCUGCUCUUUCUCAAAAUGUUGCAGGUGCUAACGCCGUUUCUGGUGUUUUAAUGUUAGCCAUCUCCAUUUACACAUGUUAUAUGAUUCAAUUGAAAUCAAUGCAUCCUUGGUUUAAAUGGAUUUCCUAUAUCAACCCAAUCAGAUAUGGGUUUGAAAAUUUACUUGUUGAUGAAUUUCAAGGUAGAAAGAUGAGUUGUGCUAAUACUUUAGUUCCAAGUGGUCCAGGUUAUGAAUCUGUCUCUACUGAAAAUCAAGUUUGUGCCUUUGUUGGUUCUAAACCAGGUGUUCCAUAUGUUAGUGGUGAUGAUUAUAUGAGAGUUCAAUAUGGUUUCAGUUAUAAUCAUAUCUGGAGAAACUUUGGUAUUUUAAUUGCUUUCUUGAUUGCUUUCUUAGCUGUUAAUGCUGUUUGUACUGAAUUCAAAAGACCAGUCAAAGGUGGUGGUGAUCAUUUAUAUUUCAAGCGUGGUAAAAAGGUUCCAUCAGAUGAAGUCCUUUUAUCAUCUGAUGCUGCUGCUGCUGCUGUUGGUGAAGGACCAGUUGCUGCAGAUGAUUUAGAAGCUGGUGGUCCUCAAGUGGGUUCAAAUAGAGAUCAAGAUUUGAAAGAUCAAUCAUCAUCUGAAAAUGAAGUGUUUGAAGGUUUAGGUUCAACUUCUGUUUUCUCAUGGCAAAAUGUUGAUUAUGUCAUCCCAUAUAAAGGUGGUGAAAGAAAGUUAUUAGAUAAUGUUCAAGGUUAUGUUAAACCUGGUACUUUAACUGCUUUAAUGGGUGAAUCUGGUGCUGGUAAAACAACUUUGUUGAAUACAUUAGCUCAACGUAUUGAUAUGGGUACAGUUACAGGUGAUAUGCUUGUUAAUGGUCGUCCUUUAGACAAUAGUUUCCAAAGAUCUACUGGUUAUGUUCAACAACAAGAUCUACAUAUUGCUGAAUUGACUGUUAGAGAAUCAUUGCAAUUUGCUGCUAGAUUAAGAAGACCAAAAUCUGUUCCUGAUGAAGAAAAAUUAGACUAUGUUGAAAAAAUCAUUAAGAUUUUACAAAUGGAUGCUUAUGCAGAAGCUCUUGUUGGUACUUUAGGAUCUGGUUUGAAUGUUGAACAAAGAAAAAAAUUAUCCAUUGGUACUGAAUUAGUCGCUAAACCAUCAUUGUUGUUGUUCUUGGAUGAACCUACAUCAGGUUUAGAUUCUCAAUCAUCAUGGGCUAUUGUUAAUUUACUUAGAAAGUUAGCUGAAGCUGGACAAUCCAUUUUGUGUACAAUUCAUCAACCUUCAGCUACAUUAUUUGAAGCUUUUGAUCGUUUAUUAUUAUUGAAGAAAGGUGGUCAAACUGUUUACUUUGGUGAUAUUGGUAAGAAUUCAAGAGUUUUACUAGACUAUUUUGAAAGAAAUGGUGCUAGACAUUGUGAAAGACAUGAAAAUCCUGCUGAAUAUAUCUUGGAAUCUAUUGGUGCAGGUGCUACUGCUUCUGUCCAUGAAGAUUGGUAUGAAAAAUGGUGCAAUUCCGCAGAAUAUGAAUCUACAACUCGUGAAAUUCAACAAUUGGUUGCCGAUGGUGCUUCAAAACCAGUGGAGCAUAACAAAGAAUUGGAAGGUACCUAUGCUUUACCAUACUGGGACCAAUUAAUGUAUGUUACAAGACGUACAGGUACUCAAUUCUGGAGAGAUCCACAGUAUAUUAGUGCAAAAUUCUUUUUAAUCAUCAUUGGUGGUUUAUUCAUUGGGUUUACUUUUUGGGCUAUGAAUGAUUCUAUUAUCGGUAUGCAAAAUGGUAUGUUUGUUGUUUUCUUAUCCAUUAUUGUUUCUGCUCCUGCUAUGAAUCAAAUCCAAGAACGUGCUAUUGCAUCCAGAGAAUUAUUUGAAGUUAGAGAAUCUAAAUCAAACACAUAUCAUUGGUCAACAUUGUUAUUGGCACAAUAUAUGAACGAAAUUCCAUAUCAUUUAGUUAUCAAUGCUUUAUACUUCUGCUGUUUAUACUUCCCAUUAAGAAUCAAUAAUGCCACUGAUAGAGCUGGUGUUUGGUAUUUGAACUAUUCAGUUGUGUUCCAAUUUUAUUAUGUGUCUUUGGCUCUAUUAAUUGUUUAUAUGGCCCCUGAUUUGGCCUCUGCAUCUGUUUUGACUGGUUUAGUCUUUUCAUUCAUGGUUUCAUUUUGUGGUGUUGUUCAACCUGCUUCCUUGAUGCCUGGAUUCUGGACUUUCAUGUACAAGGUUUCGCCAUUGACAUACAUUAUCCAAACACUAAUGAGUUUAAUCCUUCAUGAGAAAAAAGUUGUUUGCAGCAAAGAUGAAUAUAAUUAUUUUGACCCACCUUCUGGAAUGACAUGUCAAGAGUUCGCAGGUCCAUUUGUUGAGCAUAGAACAGGUUAUCUACAAAAUCCAAGUGCUACUUCAAACUGUGGUUAUUGUCAAUAUUCAGUUGCUGAUGAAUACAUGUCAACUGUUGGUGUUAAAUAUAGCUAUAGAUGGAGAAAUUUUGGUUUUAUGUGGGUUUACAUCAUUUUCAAUUUAGCUGCCAUGUGUACAAUGUACUAUUUGUUGAGAGUUUCAAAAGUUUCACCUUUCGGAUUCAUUAAAAACAGAUUAGAAGCUCAAAAGUCUAAGAAAGAAGCUAAAAAAAAUGCUUCUACUGUUCAAUCUGAAUCAUCAUUAGAAAAAUCAGCCUAA